CCACCCACAACCUCCAUCCUCUUCGCGCGCGGCGUCCUCGCCCGCCUCGCGAUCUGGCCCGCGCUCCGCCUCGCCGUCGCCGAGAACUGGGGCGGCCCCGACGGCGCGCAGAAGCGCACCUGGCUCGCGUCCGUGCUCGUCGACGCCUUCGAACAGGAGCACCCCCCGCCGGACGUGCCGUACGUCGAAGAUACGCUCCUCCAGGUCAUGGAGGACGAGUUCGAGACCGCGCUCGAGGACGGCAGCGCCGAGGCGGUCGCCAGGGACGUCGUGCAGAUGUGGGAGGCCGUGCAGGGAGGGAGCGCGGAGAUGGUGGAGAAGUUUGAGGGGCUUGCGGAUAAGGUGAAGGGGAAGAAGGUGCAGGUGGAAGAGGUUGCGGGGGAUGAGGAUGAUUGGGAGGAUGGGAGUGGGAGCGAGGACGGCAGUGAGGAUGAGGAGGGUGAGGCGCCAAUGCUUCUGGAUCAGCAAUCGAAGGCGCAUGCACAAGAGCGAGAGGUAGACGAGGAUGGCUUCACAGUCGUC